UCUCUACAGCACACUAUCCAGCAAGCUUUUCCACCGUUGGAUAUAUCUAAAGGGCCAAAUUAUAAAGCUACAAAACGUCGUCGUUUACCCUCUCAUAUCAUAUCACAGCUUCUACCCUUCCAUCUUCUCUGACCUCUCUGCGACGCGAUCUCACUCUCGCUGCCUCGCUCCGCCGCACUUGGGUUCCUGCCACCGUGCAACGCCGCCGUAAUAAGGUGCCACUCCUGCCUCAACUCCUCCCUUCCAGCCACGUUCCGAAGAAGAAUGGAUGAAGAUGAAAUCGUCGGAUACGUGACUGCGUACUUGAAGAAGAAAGGGUUUACGCAGACUGAGAAGGUUUUCCAGGAAGAGUUUCAGCACAACAAGAACACCACCACCACCGUCGAACCUGACAUUGCCAACCACCUUCAAGCUCUUUCUCAAUUGGAGACUGGUCCUGCUAGGUUUCACGAUGGAUAUAGCGGGCUUAGAACAUGGACUUACUCUUCACUGGAUUUGUACAAGCAUGAGUUGCUUCGUGUGCUUUAUCCAGUGUUUAUACAUUGCUUUAUGGAUCUUGUUGCAAAAGGGCAUAUUCAGGAAGCUCGGAAUUUUUUCAAUGCCUUCCGUGAAGACCAUGAAAUGAUGCACUUGCGUGACCUUCAGAAGUUGGAAGGGGUUCUUACUCCUACUCACCUGGAGGAAAUGGAAUUUGCGCAUUCACUUAGGCAGAGCAAAUUCAACAUCAAGAUAUGUGAGUAUUCCUAUGAGCUUCUGUUGCAACAUCUACAUAGGACACAAUCCACCACUAUACUUGGUAUAAUCAAUGAGCAUAUCAACUUCCAAGUUAGCCCUGGACAACCGAGCUUAAUCUCUGAUGAUCCUGAGGCUGUUACCCUUAGUGGAAGCAGCCAGGACGCAGCAAACCGGAUAAAUCAGAAAGAAAUACAUUGGGGGCUGCUUGAAGACUCUAUAGAAGAGCGGCUGGAGAAAGCUGGAGCCUUGCUUUCAGACUCUGAAAAGGGUGAUGGAGAAGCAAAAGAAGGGGAGAAUGAUGAGAGUAAGAAAAGAUCAAUUGAAGUCGGAAAGCAAGGUUCUUCUGUCAAAAAGGUAAAAAAGGACAAGGGUGGAAGUGCAACAGGAAAAAAUGCAAAACCUGAAGUUAACACUGUACCAGCAGCUCCUCGAGUUAAGCCAGAACUUUCCUUGCCCAUAAUUUCAACUGAGGUAGAACACUCCAUCCUUGAUGAUCUAAGGAACCGUGUACAACUUAGUAGUGUUGCACUUCCAUCGGUUAGCUUUUACACAUUUAUCAAUACUCACAACAGUUUAAGCUGUUCGUCGAUAUCCCAUGAUGGAUCAUUAGUUGCUGGGGGAUUUUCUGACUCAUCGCUGAAGGUUUGGGAUAUGGCAAAGCUUGGACAACAGCCCACCAGUUCUUCACAGGGUGAGAAUGACACAUCACAAAAUGAACAAGUGCUCGGGCAAAGUGGUGGGAAGAGACAGUAUACAUUGUUUCAAGGUCAUUCUGGGCCUGUUUAUGCAGCCUCUUUUAGUCCUGUUGGGGACUUCAUUCUUUCAUCAUCAGCAGACUCGACAAUUCGACUCUGGAGCACAAAGCUUAAUGCCAAUCUUGUUUGUUACAAGGGUCACAAUUACCCUGUCUGGGAUGUUCAGUUUAGUCCCGUGGGGCAUUAUUUUGCCAGCUCUUCACACGACAGAACUGCUAGGGUUUGGUCCAUGGACAGGAUACAGCCAUUACGAAUAAUGGCAGGGCACUUGUCUGAUGUCGAUUGCGUGCAAUGGCAUGUCAACUGCAACUACAUCGCAACUGGCUCCAGUGACAAAACUGUUAGACUAUGGGAUGUGCAGAGUGGAGAGUGUGUCCGAGUUUUUGUUGGUCACAGGGGUAUGAUUUUGGCUUUGGCAAUGUCUCCUGACGGUCGCUAUAUGGCAUCCGGUGAUGAAGAUGGCACCAUCAUGAUGUGGGACCUCUCUAGUGGUCGCUGUCUCACACCUUUGAUCGGUCACACAUCCUGUGUCUGGUCACUAGCUUUCAGUUCUGAAGGUUCUAUGCUAGCUUCUGGAUCUGCUGAUAGCUCUGUGAAAUUAUGGGAUGUAAAUACAAGCACUAAGGUUUCUAGGACUGAGGAAAAAAGUGGGAAUACUAACAGACUCAGAUCGCUGAAAACUCUGCCUACCAAAUCUACUCCUGUUUCGUCUUUGCGGUUUUCUCGAAGGAAUCUUCUUUUUGCAGCUGGAGCUCUUGCAAAAAACGGCUAAUAUAUUCUGAGCAAAAGUAUCAAGUCGUAGUUAGAGGCUGAAUUCUUAUCGGAGGACCAUGAAGGAAAUGCACACGAUCCCUUUAUUUAUACAAGUUUAUUUCCUCUAGUGUAUACUUUGCCGCCGGUCCUUCUUCCUUCUGUGUGCAUAUGUAUCCCAAAAUUAAUUAACUUGAUAGAUAAUCUUUUGAUGUGUCGUUUUUCCAAUCAUUAUUUUGCAUCUCUGAACACCUUAUCUC